AUGUCCACCUCCGCACGACGCCGUCUGAUGCGGGACUUCAAGCGAAUGCAAACAGAUCCUCCUGCUGGUGUCUCUGCCUCCCCUAUCGCCGAUAACGUCAUGACUUGGAAUGCCGUGAUCAUCGGUCCUGCAGACACUCCCUUCGAAGACGGCACAUUCAGACUAGUCAUGCAAUUCGAAGAAGCCUACCCAAAUAAGCCGCCGGGGGUCAAGUUUGUUUCACAGAUGUUCCAUCCCAACGUGUAUGGCACCGGCGAAUUGUGCUUGGAUAUCCUACAGAAUCGAUGGUCUCCAACAUACGACGUGGCUGCAAUCCUGACAUCGAUUCAGAGUCUGUUGAACGACCCCAACACAAGCUCCCCCGCCAACGUGGAAGCGAGCAAUCUCUACAAAGAUAACCGAAAGGAAUAUACCAAGAGAGUGAGAGAGACGGUAGAAAAGAGCUGGGAGGAUUGA